AUGGUACGAAUUGGGGGGUUGCAAUUUAGCAGGUCUAGAUUUUUUUUCCUUCUCCUGGGGGCACUGUUCAGCGUAGUAUUACUGGGAAGAGAGAAUACACUUCGCGCACGAAGUAUUAUGGCAUUGUCAAAUCUGAAACCAAGCGGCACCCGCUGGAGAAAAUUAGCCGAGGCAUCACAUAAGUUACGUAAGGUAAAGUCAGAAUCGAAUGUAAGUGACUAUAAAGGGAAGCAGGAAGAUGAGAGGAGUAAAGCCGCAAAUGAAGAAGGGAUCAAAAAGCAGACUACACGCGGGGCUGCGCAAGUAGAUAAGCAAAAAGCAACUACUACAUUUGAUCAUUAUAAUGAAAGAUUUAAAAAAAAAUUUGAAGCCAUGUGCAGCGAGGUUUGGAAAAAUUUUAUGUUAUUAGCAAAGAAUAAAAGAAUGCCACACGAUUAUCGUUUGAAAUUUGUAAUGGAAUAUAAUGAGGCGGCCAAAGAAGAAAUAGAGCAAACUUUCCAAUUUAGCAAAAGACGUUUUUACAUUUUCAUGAGAAAAAGAAUCAUAUGGUUAUCUGAAUUUGACUUGUUUAUGAAGCGCACUAAGAAUAUAUGGAACACCAUAAUGAAGCACCACGUGGAUAGGUGGUCCAAGAUUUUGCUUUACCGGUUAGACCACUAUAAAGAUUAG